AUGGCCGAAAUUACCGAAGAUCCUAACAUAGUUCCACCAGUCGCUACCUUAACAGACCCUUCGGACGAUAUAGUUAUAUUAGACUGGGAUAAUGUGUGGAUUCCUCGUCAAUCCCGUCUCCUAGCUGAUGUUCAUGCUGUUGAACAAGAUCGUGAUGAUGAUGAAGUUAGGGACAAGAAGGUGUCCUAUAUGUUAGAGAAGAUUCAAUCGGGUUAUGGGUUUGCAAAGUAUGAAUGGCCUGGUGGCGUCAUGUCUUUGGACCUUAUUGACAUUGUUAAGACUCGUUCCAACAAGAAGAAGAAGAUGAAGCCUUUGUUGAAUUCUCCAAAAGGCUCAGUCAAACGUAGAAGGUCAACCCAUCUCAAUCCUGACUUACCACCAUCUCUUUCACAAGAUUUGGCUGCUCGUGUUGAUUCUCUUGAAAAUAAAAUUGGUGUUCUUAAAGCUCAACUAAAGAAAGUCAGCGACCGUAAUACACUUAUUCAGAACAGGUUUAGGGACUCUAGAUUCCUACAUGCUACACGCAGAGCAAAACCCUCAAUGUUCCGCUUCAAGAAACUCGUCCGUAACUCUGCUUCAGAAACAACCUCAAGAUUCAUGCAUGCUAGAUGGAGAGCAAAACCCACCUUUCUUCGAGAGCUCUUUGGAAAGGAUACUGGUGAACAAGAUUGGACUCAUUUUGAACAUCCGUUAGGUGGUCUUGACCGUAACUCUGAACCACAACUGUCUAGUCGUCUUGAUGAUAUUCAGAUGGAAGAAACAAUAGAGUCCUUCAACACCGCACUCACUGAACACCAAUCUGAAAAUACGGACAAAGAGUCUGAAGAAGUUGGACUUGAUGUACCAACUGUUAUUUCUCAACCUCUUAAGGUUUCACCUGAUGUGGUUCCUGAAGCGUCUGAACCCCCUCUAUCUGCUCAAGAUAAACCUCAAGAAUUCCCUUCUGUGGAUAUCAAUAUCGGUCUUUUGAAUGAUGGGACAUUAAACCGAGAGAUUGAAUUUCCUGAGUAUCAGCCUAAUGGUGAACAAGUGUUCAAGACCCCAAUCCAUAAUCAGGUACAUCAUACCAUUCCAAAUACAUAUACUUUAUUUUUACAUUGUUUUUGCAUAAGUAUUAUAAAUACACCACAAUGUAAGCACCCGUUUCAAAUAUCCUUAAUGGAACAUGGGAUGAAGUGCUGUCCUUCUGUUCAACUACUGUAAGGCAUUUUCUUUUGGCUUAUCCACAUUAAUAUGUUCAUAUGUCCAGUUUUUUUUGUAUUCUUAUCCAUUUUUGAUUGUCCACUAUGCAUACUAUAUAAGCAUUCAUAAUGAUUAUACCUGGAAUUUGAUUCAAUUCACUCAUAUCCUCCAUCAGAAACAUCAUUUGCUAUAAUACCAUACCUUGGGGUUUGUGAUGCUCUAUUAAUGUUAUUACUUAUUAUAAUACUGCACUAUCUCGGCCAGAUUGUCAUGCUAAUGAUUCUGUAUGCUUUGAUAGUU